AUGGGCUCCGUCGAGCUGGGCUUCGCCGAAGAGGCGGCCGACCCGCGGCGGCUGCGCAGGGAGCUUUUCCCCUCCAAGGUGGGCGGGAGGCCGGCUUGGCUGGGCGAGGCCGGCUUGCCCGGCCCGCCGGAGCUGCGGUGCGGCGCGUGCGGGCGGCCCCGCGCCUUCCUCCUGCAGCUCUACGCGCCUCGGCCCGGCCGGCCCGACGCCUUCCACAGGGGCCUCUUCCUCUUCGCCUGCCGCCAGCCCGCCUGCUACCGCCCCGCCGGCCCCGCCCCGGGCUGCCUGAGGGUUUUUAGGAAUCAGUUACCAAGGAAGAAUGACACUUAUUCUUAUGAGCCUCCCCCCGAAGAGCCACCCCUGGAAGAGGUGCCUGGUGCCAUUCUGCAGCUGAAAUGUGGGGCAAAACUGUGCAAAGUCUGUGGCUGUCUGGGUCCCAAAGCGUGCUCUAAAUGUCACAAAGCUUAUUACUGUAGCAAAGACCAUCAGGUUAGGGAUUGGAAAGCAGGACACAAAGUAUCUUGUACACAGUCAGAUCCGAUGGAUAUUGCUAUACCAGAUCAUAAAUUUCUUUUUCCCGAAUAUGAAAUUGUAAUAGAGCCUGAGGAAAUGGAAUCAUGCAGUGUUGGUGAAACGGAACAGAAAGAUCUAGACAAAAAUAAAGAUUCAGCAUCUGCAGACAGUACAUAUGAAACAGUUGAAUCUCUAGACUUGUUAGAGGCAAUGGCAAAGCACGAAACUGAAGACAACAAGAUUUUUCAAAAGUUUAAAGAACGAACAUCUUUGGAACCAGAACAGAUUAUCAGAUAUUGCAGAGAUGGAGAAGGUCCCAUCUGGAUUUCAGGGGAAAAUAUCCCUCUUGAGACAGAAAUCCCAAAUUGUGCGUGUGGUGCUAAAAGAGUAUUUGAAUUCCAGGUUAUGCCACAACUGCUGAAUCACCUAAAAGUUGACAGCCUCGGAGAAAGCAUUGACUGGGGAACUAUCGCUAUCUACACAUGUGCUGAUAGCUGUAACUUGGGCAACCAGUAUACAGAAGAGUUCGUCUGGAAACAGAACAUAUCAAGCUCUGUUUAAUUUCUUCAAACCUCAGCUUCAACCGGAUCCUUUUCUUUUUUUAAAAAGUAUAU